AUGUACAUCUUCAAUAAAGCGAAUUUUGAUCAAAUUGGAGUGAAUAUUGUUGAUCGUCAAAAGAGGACAUUUGAGGAGACCAGACGCAGAACCAGUGUAGCUGGGAAUCAGAAUAUAAACCCACUCAUAACAAUAGGGCAACAAUCGGGCAACCAUAUAAUCUUGAAUGGGGAACAUCAUGGCAUCUCGAAAACCUCAUUCCGAUGCGAACUUUGCAGCUCGACAUUUACUGCUUUUAGCAGCUUAAAGAGACAUAAUGAAACUUCCAAAUACCAUCUAGGUGUUCUUGCUCGACGAUCGAAACUCUCUAGCAUAAACUAUCAGCCUUCGAUAGCCAAUUUUAUUGGAACGUCUAUUAAGUCUAUUGAGACUACGAAAUCUCCUACUUUUACUUCUUAUCAAACAAUACCUUCUUCUCAAGAAUUGGAAAGCCAUACUCUCAGUUACCAUGUUCUACCGAUUAAAUUUAACCACCCUCUUGAGGAUACAGAAGUUCUUGCUGGAGGCUUCCUUGGAAUUGGAAGGGCACGGAUCAGAACAACACUCUUUCCUCGAGACGACUAUGAAUUAUUCAUGUAUCAAUAUAAUCAAAAUAUCCAUCCGAACCCGAAUCUGCAACCCGAAUUGCAGGUCAAUAAUGAUCUCAAUUUCUCAAUUCCACAAGUUCAAUCAUUCCAAGCAUUCUCUCAUCCUCUAUAUUUCGAUCCCAUAGGUCUCGGUACCUACAUUCCAAAUGGAGAAGAUAGCAAAUUCCAAGAUGCCGGUCGGUCAGAGUCCACAGAGACUUUGACGUACAACAUCAAUCAAUUUGAAGCUCAUAGUGUAGAAGCUUAUUAUACUAAUAAUAAAGAAGCGAGGACUACAUCCAAUACUCACAAAAAUGAAGAGUAUCUCGAAUGCAAUCUUGGAAAAUGCCAAAAAACGUUCAAGAAGCCCAAGCUCUUACGCGCUCAUCGAAAGUUCUGUCAGACCAUCGGAAAACCUCAUAAAUGCUCUUAUCCAGGUUGUCCAAGGGCUUACAAACGUCCUGCCGACCUCAAAGCACACGAAACCUCAAAGCACACGGAAAGACGAGCCAUAUGA